GGCGGAGAGAUCCCUCUGGAAUGUUUUUGUAGGACCCACCCGACCGGUUGAGGCGUAGUGCGGAUUGGCCGCGAGCUCCGGGAGGCAACUCCUGAUUAGCUGAACUCAGCCUCCAGCCCCGCCCCCUGUCCGCGGCUGCGGGAGAGGCCGGGGCUGGAGUUUGCGGAGGGCAGAGCUGGGUUCCCGCACGCAGGCGGCGGUGCAGAUGCGGGAACUGAGGCCCUGUCAAGUGGAGUGACUUGCCAUACAGCUGCACAGCUGGAUCACUCUGGCUGCUGUUUUGACAAGAGACCGUGGGGGGGCAAGGGUGGAAGCUGGAAGACCCAGAGGAGGCUACUGCCCUAGUCUAGAUCUCCUGGGCGUGCUCCCUCUUCCCACCGCUCAUGCCGCUGGGACUGGGGCGGCGGAAAAAGGCGCCACCUCUGGUGGAAAAUGAGGAAGCUGAGCCAGGUCGUGGUGGACUGGGCGUUGGGGAGCCAGGGCCCCUGGGUGGAGGUGGGGCAGGAGGGCCCCAAAUGGGCUUGCCUCCCCCUCCCCCGGCCCUGCGGCCCCGCCUCGUGUUCCAUACCCAGCUGGCCCAUGGCAGUCCCACUGGUCGAAUCGAGGGCUUUACCAACGUCAAGGAGCUGUAUGGCAAGAUUGCCGAGGCCUUCCGACUGCCAGCUGCUGAGGUGAUGUUCUGCACCCUCAACACCCACAAAGUGGACAUGGACAAGCUCCUGGGGGGCCAGAUUGGGCUGGAGGACUUCAUCUUUGCCCAUGUCAAAGGGCAGCGGAAGGAGGUGGAGGUGUUCAAGUCAGAGGAGGCGCUGGGACUCACCAUCACGGACAAUGGGGCUGGCUACGCCUUCAUCAAGCGCAUCAAGGAGGGUAGCGUCAUUGACCACAUCCAGCUCAUUAGCGUGGGUGACAUGAUUGAGGCCAUCAACGGGCAGAGCCUGCUGGGCUGUCGGCACUACGAGGUCGCCCGGCUGCUCAAGGAGCUUCCCCGAGGCCGCACCUUCACACUGAAGCUCACGGAGCCCCGCAAGGCCUUUGACAUGAUCAGCGUGCGUUCAGGGGGUGGUCGUCCUGGCUCCGGCCCCCAGCUGGGCACUGGCCGAGGGACUCUCAGGCUGCGAUCCCGGGGCCCUGCCACAGUAGAGGAUCUGCCCUCAGCCUUUGAGGAGAAGGCAAUUGAGAAAGUCGAUGACCUGCUGGAGAGUUACAUGGGCAUUAGGGACACAGAGUUGGCGGCCACCAUGGUGGAGCUUGGGAAGGACAAGAGGAACCCAGACGAGCUGGCCGAGGCCCUAGAUGAGCGGCUUGGUGACUUUGCCUUCCCUGAUGAGUUCGUCUUUGACGUCUGGGGUGCCAUCGGGGACGCCAAGGUGUUGGUGGUGUUAGCUGUCGGGGGCUGGGGCUCCAGCUCCUUGCAGCGGCCGCUGUUUUUGGCGGUGCGCCUCGCUUCGUGGAACCAGAUCCUGGACCCUUGGGUGUAUAUCCUGCUGCGCCAGGCCGUGCUGCGCCAACUGCUUCGCCUCCUACCCCUGAGGUCCAAUGCCAAGGGCAGCCCCGCAGGGCUGGGCCUAACCAGAAGUGCCUGGGAAGCCAGCUCACUGCGAAGCUCCCAGCAUAGUGGCCUCAGUCACUUCUAAACACACCUGGAGGCCCAGCAGCUAAGGUAGACCACUCUGGCCCAGGCAAGGUCCGCAGCGCAAUGCCUUCCAGAAAUAAAGCCAUAUCGCAGACCA